AACCGUUGGCACCACAGCUGCCAGUCUGGUGCCCAGAGCUGGGGAUGAGAGGGGACCAGGAAGGCUGGAAAGAGGGGCAGGACUGGGUGGUUGGUUUUGUUCUUCUAGAAGCCCAGCCCUGGGAGGUGGUUGGACUUGGGGGUGGGGAGCUCUCUUUUAGCUUCAGGAAAGGGACAUCAAGGGAAAGGGUCAGGGACAGCAGAGAAGGAGGUGCUGAAAAAGUACUGAAUGGCUGAGGGUAGGGGCAUAGCAUUCUUGUGUGCCUGGGAAAAGUCCUGGUUGGGCUAACAGCCCAACACUUGGUGGAAGCAAUGGGGGAGCAGAAACAUGAGGCUGGCGCCAUCACUGCCCUUGGAUCCUGGCAUGAGCCACACUGACAUUAUGUCAAGUUGGGGGAGGGUGGCAGUGCCUCGUGCCAUUCUGGUAGAGUAGGCUGUUGUGCCUGAUGCCUGGCAAGAGGGGAUUGAGAUAGGAAGCUGGGCUGGCAUGUGCAUGGGCGGUAGAAGAUGGGAUAGGCAUUCUUCAGUCGGGGCCACCUCCCCCAUACAACUCCGACCUGGAAAUGGAGAGACAGACGGAGAGAGGAGCAAGGGCACAAAGGAGGAAAAGAGUGAAUGCUCAUACCCAAAGGAAGGAAGAAUGGAGAGCGGCUGGCAGCCCUGCUUGGCCCUGGGCCAGUUCUUGGCUGAAGACGGCCAGAUCCUCUUCCCUGAUAGUAGAAGCCAGAUCAAUGUUUGUUAAUUGACUGGUUGGCUACAGGCAGCAUGACACAUCCCUGGAUUGAAGUGGAACAAAAAUUUGUCCCAAGACCAGGAAUUGAGGAUCGGUUGAAAGAACUGGGUGGCACUCAGGAGAGCCAGGUUUCUUUCCGUGAUAGCUACUAUGACACUCCGGAGCUUACUCUUAUGAAGACUGACCACUGGCUUCGCCAUCGUGAAGGGAGUGGAUGGGAGCUCAAGUGCCCUGGAGCAGGAGGCAACACUGGCUCCCAUACUAAGUACAUAGAGCUCACAGCAGAGGCUGCCAUAGCAGCCCGGUUGUGUGAGAGGUUGGGGACUGCAGGCCUGGGCACUGAGAGUGUAUCAGAGAUGCUAGGGCGGCUGAAGCUGCAGGAAGUAGCCAGUUUUGUAACCGAGAGGAGUGUCUGGAAGCUGGCACUUUCUGGAGCUGGUGAUGAAGAAGAGCCUCUUACAGUAGACCUGGACACUGCAGACUUUGGCUAUGCAGUGGGUGAAGUGGAGGCCCUAGUUCGAGAAGAGGCUGAAGUACCAAAAGCACUGGAGAAGAUCCACAGUCUCAGCUCCUUGCUUGGUGUGUCACAGCAGGAGCAAACACCUGGCAAGCUGAUUGUAUACCUGAAGCGCUUUAGGCCUCAGGAUUACCAGCGCCUAUUAGAAGUGGCCACAGGGAAGAAUGAUGAACAACAGGGGUCUGCAACCAUAGAGAAUUAAACAGCUAUGACAUG